AUGCAGUCAUCGAAUAACACGUCGCCUUUACUCAAUCAUGCUAUGAGAGUUCGUGCAAAGAAUGUUGAACUACGAAAGAAAAUUGCACAGUUAGAAAGCGAUGUUCAAUUUGUUGAAAAGGAUAUCUCGACAUUAACACAUGCAUACGAUGACCUUGCUGAACAAUGUCAAGUUCUACGGGAAAAACAAACAGAUAAGAAAAAAGAUCUUCUUUUACAACAAUAUCAAACUCAAUUCGAUCACUACAUUAAUGACAUAGAGAAUUAUAUACUUAACAAACAAUGGACUCUUCCAGUAAUCGAAAAAGCAACUGUUCUAUCCCCAAAAUUAGCAUCAACGAUCUCUUCCGAUCAUAAAACAGACGACCUGCCAGUUCAAAAUCUAAACGAUGUUCUCAAUCAACAAUUAGAAUCUGUAGAAAACUGGCUGAUGGAAAGUGCAGUAACAGAUAUCGAUAAGCAAUCGCCGAUAUUAAUCGAACCUCAGCAUACAGAUGAUGGUGCAGAUGAUUUAUACAAAGAUUUGAUCUUUCCGGUAAUAUCUGACGAUAUUCCCACUCAAUCCGAAGAAAUUCAACUCGAUGAAAAUGAUCGACAGGAAGAUUUUGUCAAAACCAUCUCACCAAAAAUGUCCCAAGAGCCACAUCAACGGCUCGAUAAAAACCAGCGUCGAUUUGCAUUAAUGAGACAACUAGCUGAAAAAUCCAAUAAAACAGUCACUCGAAAAUUAUUAUAA